GGCCCUCUUAGUGAUGCAUAAGCCUCGGGGCACUUCGCUUCGUGCUAGAGGCACGGUGGUUGAUCUAGACCUACCUACCUACGUUCCGUAGCCAUUUUGGCUCAAGCCAUUUUGGCUCAAGGCGCCCUGGCCUAGGACUGACCCCGCGCGGCCCGCGAUACCGGUACCUCGUGGUACCCCCAGCAAUGGCGAGCGCCCCGCGGGACGCCAUGGCCUUCAGCGAGAGGUCCGUGCGGCACGGCUUCGUCCGGAAGGUGUACGGGAUAUUAGGCACUCAGCUGCUGGUCACCACCGUCCUGGGCGGGGCUGUCAUGAAGAAGAGCGAGUCCAUGGACCCGGAGAUUGGCACCGUCCUGAUGUUUCUGUCUUUGCUGGGCUCGGUUGCGACCAUGAUGGUGUUCUGGUGCUGUCCUCAGGUGAUGCGCCGUUCUCCCACGAAUUAUAUCCUGCUGGGGAUGUUCACCCUCGCCAAGAGCGUCAUGGUUGGCUUCAUCUGCAGCCAGUACAGCGAGGAGUCGGUGCUGGUCGUCCUCGGCCUGACGUGCUUCAUCCUGGCGGGCCUGACCGCGUUCACGUUCCAGACGAAGUACGAUUUUACUGGUUUCGCGUCGUACCUGAUGUGCGGAUCACUCGUCAUGCUCGGCAUGAGUUUCGGUCUGAUGUUCGGCUCCAUCUUCGGUCUUUCGGGCGCGGCCUUCCAGACCGCCCGUCUCUGCAUGUGUGGGCUUGGCGCCUUGCUCUUUGCAGCCUACAUCGUGUACGACACCCAGAUGAUCCUUGGGAACAAGCACCCAAACCACAAGUUCUCGGUUGAUGACUACGCCGCGGCGGCCAUCAUGCUCUACAUCGACAUCGUCCAACUGUUCCUCUACCUCCUGGAGCUCCUCGGCGACCGCAGGGACAGCCGCGACCGCGGCGUGAGGGGUGCCCGCGCCCGCUUCCAGCCGGUGCGGUAAGCGCGGCACAGUUGCGCCAGUCGGGCGUUGGCAGAUGUGUUGGCCGCAGUCCAGCAGCGACUGACACCACUUGAGCCAGAUACAGCGAGGUCUCACUCGAGCCAGUUUAAGCAGCGCCGUGGCCAGGGCAGCGACACGCAUCACAGCGACGUGCGAGCGACAGAGAACAAA